ACUGAUUCAACAACAGAAAAAGACGCCCCAACUGAGCCAACGACAGAAAAAGAUGUUCCCACUAAUCCAACAACAGAAAAAGAUGUUCCCACUGAGCCAACAACAGAAAAAGACGUCCCAACUGAGCCAACGACAGAAGCCGUCGAUCCCACAACGACGAAAGCUACAACAAUCGAGCCUGUGUUGACUACCACCAAAGAAAGUCUAGAAACGACGGCAAGACCUGAAGAAAUAACCACAGAAUCCUCCGAGACAACUACGACUGCAGGAGAGACGACACCCACGCCAUUUUUCUGUCCCAAGUAUCUCCAAGGCAACAUCAGUAUGCCCUGCUGGAAGCUGACUGACAAAUGCUAUUGCUUUUCCAAAUUCGGGAGAAACUGGACGAGGGCUGAUACUUAUUGUAAACAAGCAGGCAUGACUCUUCUCAAGAUAGAAACGAAAGAGGAAAAUAAUUUGAUCGUCUAUCACCACACACACACGCCAGGAAUGACUAAAGAUAUUUACUGGACUUCGGGACGAUACUCGCAAGAAGGCAACAAGCGAUGGGAGUGGGCAACUACACAGCCGUACCAGCAGCUGAGUUACACAAACUGGAACCCAACCAAACCUGUCCAACCCGAUUUCAACAUGCCUGGCUUCUGUAUAGACAUUUCCUUUUUCCAAACUGGACAUUGGUUCGACGGUCUCUGCAGUAGCAAUAUGAAAUUCAUUUGUGAAUCGAAAUAAAGACCCAGGUGAAUAUAACUUAGCAUUAGAAAGAAAUCAAUUUUGUUUAAUACACAAUUUGGCAUCAGAAAAUUAAGAACUGCUUGAACUACGAAU